AUGCCUUCUCCUCACUUGGAGUCAGGCAUCUUCCCCAGUGCAAGCUCACUCCCAACUCCCACAUCACCCAAACACAUCCCAGAAAUUGGGAGGAUCCAAGUAAACAAGGCCUUCUAUGGGGUGUUCAAUGUAUUACUCUCAAGCACAGGCUUUCUAGGAAGGGGUACUGUUUGUUACCUUGCACGCUACAAUGGGGAAUACUAUGUCAUCAAGGAUUAUUGGGUGGAGGAGUUGGAGCAGAGGACAGCCCUGCACAAAGUCAACAUGAUGAAGCUGGUCCAGGACAUUGACAGAGUUCCCAAGUUGCAACACUACUGGGUCAUUGAAAUUGAGCCAGGCAUUGUUGAUAGAACUGAACGAUAUCAUGAUGAGAAGUGGUGA